CUCGAGUGGCUUUCUUACUCCUUCCAGACGUUUCGAAACCAGCUUAGGGUUUUUGUCGAUCAUCAAUUGGAAUCCCGAAACUCGCAGCUUGUGAAUCAUGGCUGAGCAUAACGAGCACGAGGAACCGAAGUCUGAAUCAUUGUUAGAUAAGAUAUCUGAGAAGAUUCAUGAUCACCACUCCUCGUCCUCGUCCUCGUCUUCGUCUGAUUCGGAUGACAAGAAGAAGGAUAGGUCGUCUCCUUCGAUCAAAUCCAAGGUUUUUCGACUUUUUGGAAGGGAAAAGCCAGUUCAUGAGGUCCUUGGUGGGGGAAAACCGGCAGAUGUGAUGCUAUGGAGGAAUAAGAAGAUAUCAGCUUCUGCUCUUGGUGUUGCAACGGCUAUAUGGGUUUUGUUUGAAUUGCUUGAAUACCAUCUACUCACUUUAGUCUGCCACUUCCUAAUAUUUGCACUGGCGAUCUUGUUCUUGUGGUCCAAUGCCUCAGCUUUUAUCAACAAGACUCCACCGCGUAUCCCAGAAGUUCACAUCCCAGAGGAACCUGUUCUACAGUUUGCUUCUGCUCUGAGAACUGAGAUCAAUUGGUUGUUUGCUACUUUGAGGGAUACUGCAUCAGGAAGAGAUCUCAAGAAGUUUCUUUCUGUAAUUGCGGCAUUAUGGGUUUUCUCUAUUGCGGGGAGUUGGUGCAACUUCUUGACGUUGUUCUAUAUAGCCUUUGUUUUGCUUCACACUGUUCCCGUGCUCUAUGAGAAGUAUGAAGAUCAAGUGGAUGCAUUUGCUGAGAAGGCAACCGUGGAGAUUAAGAAGCAGUAUGCAGUGUUUGAUGCCAAGGUUUUGAGUAAGAUUCCCAAGGGACCUCUAAAAGAUAGAAAGAAGGACUGAAGUGGCUGACAAAAGUGCGUUGUAGUUGGGUAUUCUUCAAUAUCCCAUUAGUAUUUCGACCCCUUUAUCUGUCAAAGCCUUAUCUUCUAGUAGUUUAUAUUUUUGUAGGGUUCCUUGGUACAGGGGAAAGAUCGAGCGUACUUUUGUUUCAGCUGCUUUUAUGGACGUCACUGGAACUCUUAUGUUAUAUGGAUGUCUCGUUCUUAUGAGACCGGGGGUUUGUGGGGGGGGGGGGGGAGGUUCUGUACAUCGAUGCGUAGCUUUUCAUUUUAUUUAAAGCUUUGAUGAAUCAUGACAACUUCUUGAUUUAAUAAGGUAUAUUCUUGUUUGA